UCUGUCCUGUUUGGGAUGAGGAGCACUGUGCAUCCCUACCGGCGUGGGAACUCUCUCCUGCCGCACACUUCGCCCGGGGGAGCGGCAGAGCAGGUCGGCCGGAGGCAGCACAGCAGUAGCAGGAGCAGGAGUAGCAGGAGGAGGAGGAGGAGGAGGAGCAGGAAGGGAUGGAGGCAGGGCGGGCGGCGGGAGCGGCCGCUGCCUGAGCGCUUCCUGCCCGAGCCGGGCGGAUCCCACAAAGGGCUCGGCGGUGUGGCCUCACCGCCGGCAGCCCCCGCCAUGGCCAGCGCCAGCUCCAUCGAUGCCGUCAAGAAGAAGAUCCAAAGCCUGCAGCAGGUGGCCGACGAGGCGGAGGAGCGCGCCGAGCACCUGCAGCGGGAGGCCGAUGCCGAGCGGCAGGCCCGGGAGCGGGCUGAGGCUGAAGUGGCUUCCCUCAACCGCCGUAUCCAGCUGGUAGAGGAGGAGCUGGACCGCGCCCAGGAGCGUCUGGCCACUGCCCUGCAGAAGCUGGAGGAAGCUGAGAAGGCUGCUGAUGAGAGCGAGAGAGGCAUGAAGGUCAUCGAAAACAGGGCCAUGAAAGAUGAAGAGAAGAUGGAACUCCAGGAAAUGCAGCUGAAGGAGGCAAAGCACAUAGCAGAGGAGGCUGACCGCAAAUAUGAGGAGGUUGCCCGCAAGCUGGUCGUUCUUGAGGGAGAGCUGGAGCGCUCAGAGGAGAGGGCAGAGGUGGCGGAGAGUAAAUGUGGUGACCUAGAGGAGGAGCUGAAAAUUGUCACCAACAACUUGAAGUCCCUGGAGGCCCAGGCUGACAAGUAUUCCACCAAGGAGGAUAAGUAUGAGGAGGAAAUCAAGCUUCUAGGGGAAAAGCUGAAGGAGGCUGAGACCCGGGCGGAGUUUGCCGAGAGGUCUGUGGCGAAGCUGGAGAAAACCAUUGAUGACCUUGAAGAUGAAGUGUAUGCGCAGAAGAUGAAGUACAAAGCCAUCAGCGAGGAGCUGGACAAUGCACUUAAUGACAUCACCUCCCUCUGAGCCCCACGCUGGGCACCAGCACUGCACCUGCUCCCUGCCUGUUUCUCCCCAGCUCGGCUGUUUGCCUGCCUGGCCAUCCCACCUCUCUCCCUACCCUCUCUGUCCUCCUCUGUCCUACCUAGCCUGUGCCUGUCCAUCAGCUCCUUUGGGACAGGAGCUGACCCAGGGUGUUCCCGCUGUACCCCUCUUUGGGGAGACAAGGUGUAGGUGCUUUGAGCUGUUUGUUCAGGGCAGGAGAGCAGCCCCACUUACUGACUGGACAGUGUAGUUGUAGGCCCAUGCCACAGCAUUGCCCUGGGGAUCAGGACUGUGCCCAGAAGCCCUUUGUUCCAGCAGCUCCCUCCUUGGCUCCCCAGCAGCAGAAGCACUGGGGACCCUGCAGCUCCGGGGCUGGGGGGGGCCAUUUCCCCCCCCAUAUACUUCCAGCAAAGUCCCCUGGUGCUGCUUGCUGGCCCCAGCAUGGGGAUGACCUGCAUUGGGGAAGCGGCACCUCCACUGCCAAAGCUCAGGCCUGGGGGAUAGAGGGUUGGAUCCAACUGUGCAGACACCUUGUUCCCCGGCAGGCAGGCGAUCCUCACUCCUCCCUCACCCUUCUGUCCUUUGCACAUUGCUCUUCAGUUUGCAUCUCAUGACUUUUCUUUUGUGUUCUGUCCCUCUGGGUUAAUGAGUUGAUAUCAAUAAAAUUUUAACAUUGGUU